AUGUACGUGUUUUGGAGCUGCUGUAUUCUAAUAUUUAUUUUAUGGACACAAAUUGAAAAAAUCAAUUCACAAAGAGUAUGUCCACUUCAAGAAGCCAUACUGCCCUGUCGAUGCUUGGUGAGAGGAGAAGAAUAUCAAAUAUGGUGUUCCCACAGCGAUUUGUCAAGGGUAUUAGAUGGUCUGAAAGCAGUAGGAGAAUACAUAAAAGACUCAAUAGAUGAACUAAUCAUAGAAAAUAAUCUUCUUCCGUCUUUGCCUGGACGAACUUUUUUUCCAUUAAAAAUAUUGAGAUUAAUGUUGCGAUAUAAUGGGUUAGAAAGAGUAUCUAGCGACUGGUUAGCGGGCCUACAGUCAACUUUGGUUGAGAUUUUCAUCGUUGAACCGCGAUUAAGAAGUUUACCCGAUGAUUCUCUAUCACAAUUAAAUGCUUUACAAGCAGUCACCAUUCAAACAGCAUUACUAAAGCGUUUACCAAUAUUUUCUGGGAUGCCAAAGCUGCGUUACUUGCAAAUAGAAUCUCAAUCCCUUUUAGAGUUAUCACCAACGAACUUUAAAAAUAAUCCAAGUUUGGAAAAAUUGCACAUCACCUCGAGCCCAAAGCUUACACGAUUGGAAGCCAAUUUAUUUUUCGAUUUGCCUAAGUUAAGUCUGUUAAACAUGUCUUACUGCGGCAUCUCCUGGAUGCAUCCUAGAGCUAUUAGAGAAUUGCCAUUGCUGCAGGAACUUUGGUUUGUAGGCAAUAAAAUAACAGACGCAGGAAUGGUAGGCAGGGCUGGCAGAGAUUUACCUCAGUUAGAGAUAAUUAGACUAGAUCAUAACCUUAUAAAUAGACUAGAUGAGGCCUCAUUUGUCGACUUACCGUCCUUAAAAAAAAUUUACUUAACUAGUAAUCGCAUCACCGAACUGAAUCAUGGCGCGUUUUAUAUGGUGCCGGAAUUAAGAACGUUAGAUUUAAAUAAAAAUAUGUUGAGGAGGGUGCACCCAGAAAGUUUUCUCCAACAUUCCGGAAGUGGAUUAGAAGAGCUGUACCUCGUAGAAAAUGAUAUAAGUCACGUUGGAGAUCUGCGUUCUCUUUUGGACGCCUUACCAAGACUUGUAUUUUUAGAUAUACGCUUUAAUAGUUUGGAAGCUAUACCAUUUGGUGCAUUACGAGGUCAUUCCACUUUGGAGUAUAUAAAUUUGGACUACAACAAGUUGAACUUAAUAGAUAGGGAGGCUUUUAUGGCGAUGCCAGCUCUAAGAGAGCUUCGAUUAAAAAACAAUUCUCUGUCGAAUAUCUUGGAAACCCCAUUUUGGAAUUUGCCAGCGUUGAAAGGGUUAGAUUUAUCUGGAAAUUAUUUUAAGUUACUUCGGUCUAGUUUCUUUGCAAAUCUGCCUUUGUUAAGACGCGUCGAUUUGAGCUAUAAUGAGUUAACCGUUAUAGAUUCCGAGUUAUUUUUACCCACUCCAUCCCUCGAACACAUUAACAUUUCUUACAACCUUUUAACUACAAUACAUCCAGCAACUUUUAGGCACCUUUUGAAUUUGUAUGAACUCGAUGUUAGUCAUAACCUUUUGUUAGAAUUUGUACCGGGUCUUCCAAGAGGUAUUGAAUACUUGCACCUACAUUACAACAAAAUUGGAGCUUUACCAGUAGCGCCUUCUCCAGACCUAGAAUUGCCAGUACUUCGCAUGCUAGAUUUGUCUUCUAAUAAGAUACAAACAAUCCCAAAAGGUGCACUUAGAACUAUGCCUCAACUGAGACGCUUGUAUAUAGGGAAAAAUUUACUGCAAAGUUUAACAGGAAACUCCCUUGUUGGUCUAAGUCAACUCGAAAUUCUCCAUCUUCAUGGAAAUAUGAUAGCACAUAUUCAUCCAGACACAUUUAAAGAUACCAGGGAAUUGAAAGAGUUAAAUUUAAAUAACAACCGUUUGGAUAUUUUGAUUCCAGAGAUGUUCAAAGACACCCCGCAGUUGAAGCAAUUAGAUUUAAGUAAAAAUCAACUAGCUGAAAUUUUACCUGGUACAUUAGAUAAAAACUUAGAACUUCAAAAUGUCGAUGUUUCUUACAACAUUCUAGUGCAACUACCAAUAACAUUUUAUGGUCUCAAAAAUUUAAAAUAUUUUGAUUUGACAAGUAACAGGAUUAAAAAUCUUGAUCCUGAAAUAAUUGGCAGCUUAUCAAAUUUACACGAAUUAAAGAUUUCUAAAAAUUUUAUUCAAGAAUUGAAACAAGGUUCAUUCAACAAUUUGCAACAAUUGAAAGCAUUACAUUUAGAUAAUAACGAGUUAGAAUUCAUCGAAUCAAACGCUGUAAGAGACCUGCCAGUAUUAAAAACUAUUAAAAUUAAUAGAAAUGCCAUCAAAGAAAUUCCAAAAAUGGCAUUUUACAAUCUUCCAUCUCUACAAGUCGUAGAGUUACAAAACAAUGAGUUAAGAAGCAUUUCACCUGAUGCUUUCAGUCUAAUUCCACAAUUACUAAUGCUCAAUUUGAGUAGCAACAACUUAGUUGAUCUAGAGGAAGCGGGCUUGAGUGGAUUAAAAUCUUUGGAAAUGCUAGACGUUAGUAAUAACAGAAUUACUAGAGUAGCGAGUUCCAGUUUGGAAAGAAUGGAGUGGUUGGUGGAGUUAAGGAUGGAUAACAAUGAUAUUUGCGAAAUUCAAGGAUCAAGUUUUAAUACAAUGCCGCGCCUAAGAGUUAUUAGUUUGAAAAAUAACAAGAUGUCGUCUUUUCCAGAGGAAGCCGUGGAACGACUUCGUGGAAACAUUGCUGUUCUUGAUGUUGAAGGAAAUCCAUUAAUCUGCGGAUGCAAUAUUUUAUGGUUGCAAGCUUGGCUCCACGAGUCAUCCCAAAAAGGACCUCAUUGCCUAGACGGAACACUCCUCCGUGAAAUGCAACUAUCACGCGAAGAAUGUUCUGAGAAGGAUCGCAUUUCUGAAAUGUUAGCAUCGGGAUGUGAGGCUGAAUUUUUAACAGUUCCAGGCACAUACACAACUUCGCAAGUAUUUUCGCAGUGGAUGAAGUUGAAAUCCUUCAAAAAUCUUACCAAGGAGAAUGGAAGUCAGAAAAAUAAUAUAGCUCCGUCUCCAGAAGAAUCUGAGUAUUUCUAUGACGAUUAUAUCGACUAUCCCUAUAACGAAAGCAUGAUUGACAAUACUGGACCUCUUAAUGAACAAUCUAAAGAUAAAACCGUAGAUUUAAAACCUGUUACAAUGAAAGUGCCAAUAACUACAAAAUCUCCGCAUUAUACGUCAGGUGAUACUCCAACAAUUUAUGCCGCCUCAAAGAACAACACCAAGAAAUUCAGCAUCCCUCCAAAAGUAAAUAAUUCGCCAAGUACCAGCGGCUUUACAUUUUUUGGAGUUCCAUUACCUAAUCUGAAUCUGAAUAAUUUGUUAGGAACAGGAAAAGGUCGAAUGGAGGCAAAAGUGCCACCCCCAACCAUUUCAGCUGAACGAAAAACUGCAAUUGUUAAUAAACUUGACGCAAAUACAGGGAGAAGCAGUAUAGGAAACAUACCCCAAAUACAAACUGGAUUUGUUCCAGUUUUACCAAGUUAUGGCGGCUUUAAGCCCAUACCUGACCCCAGUUUGUCAAUGAGACAUUUUUCUUUUAACAAUACGAAUAAUGGUCAGCCAAUAAAAACACCUAAAAAUUCUAAAAAUGUGGUCACUACAACCUCACCAAAAAAUAUUUUGUUUGAAAAAAACAAUACAAAACUUCAAUCAACAGAUGUUGCUGAUAAAAAUCAAAAAUCAAGUUCAUCUUCCACAAAAAUGUCUGAAAAUGUAACAAAUAUUCCAUUAUUAAACAAACUUCAGCAAGUACUUAAGCUAGAUAAUCGACAGACUAUAAAUUUUGAAAAUGAUGCUAAACUCAAUCAGAACUUAGAAACUGUGUCAGUUCAGACAGAAACCACCACUAAAAAUUUAAAUGAAAAUGAGUUAGUCAUAGCUCAAGAAACAACAACAGAUACUAGAGAAGAAACCACUUUGGCUCCAGAAAUUGAAACGUUAGCAUACACAACAAAAAUGAUUAAAAAAUCACCAGAAAAGAUUACAACUACUGAACCUGUUACAAUUAUAACAACAGAAGAACCAGAAAUAAUUACUACAUCUAAUCCUAGAUAUGUCGCUACUAUAGAAGUCCUUAAAAACACAUCCUCGGGUGUUUUUAAAUCUGUGCAUAUCGAUAAAAAACAUGAAGUUAUAAUUGAAAAAAAUUCAAGGACACCUCUAUCCACUCUAUUAAUUCCUAGAAAUAAUCAAUUCAAGCAAGGUGGAAGGUCUACAAUAACAAAAGUUACCUCCCCACACAUAACUAACCCGUCUCUGCAACCUACUCUUCAAACAUCAAAUGUACCAAACCCUUUACCACACAGAGAAAGUAAAAAUUUUUAUGACUAUUUUACAAACCCUUCUACAGAAAGGAUAAGCAAUGAUGAUACUAAUUGGUAUUUUGCAAAUUACAAUAAAACCAACUUGGAGCCCUAUGUAGCACGAAUUACCAAUACAAAUAAAGCUAAAGAGACAUUUCAAGGUGUUCAGUGUUUGCAAUUAGUAUUAGUAAUGAUUUAUAUAGAUAUUAUUAUGUAA